AUGGAAAAUAUUCAAACAUUUUUGAAUGCAGCUGUUGCAUAUGGUGUACCUAGAGCUAGUUUAUUUCAAACAGUGGAUUUGUAUGAAUUACGCAAUAUGCCACAAGUUUUAAAUACAUUGCUACAACUUGGAACAGAGUGUCAAAGAAACAACUUCAACGGACCAGUAUGUGGUCCAAAGCCAACUUAUGAAAAUAAACGUGAGUUCACGGAAGAACAGCUUAGAGCAUCGGAAGGUAUAAUUGGUUUACAAGCUGGAACUAAUAAAUGUGCCAGUCAAGCUGGAAUGAGUCAUGGUGGACCACGACAUAUUACAGAUAUUAAAGUAGAUGCUGCUUCAAAAGAAAGUCAAGGUGUUAUUGGUCUUCAGAUGGGUUCGAACAAAGGUGCUAGUCAAGCUGGCAUGAGUCAUGGUGGACCACGACAUAUUACAGAUAUUAAAGUGGAUGCUGCUUCAAAAGAAAGUCAAAGUGUUAUUGGUCUUCAAAUGGGUUCAAACAAAGGUGCCAGUCAGGCUGGAAUGAGUCAUGGUGGUCAAAGACAUAUAGCAGAUAUUAAAGUUGGUGAUAUGUCAAAAGAAGGUCAAGGUGUGAUUAGCUUACAAAUGGGUGCAGGUAAAGAUCAAGUCGCUUCACAAUCUGGUAUGAGCUUUGGAGCACAACGUCAUAUUGUUGACUCACAUUAAGCGAGUACCCACUAUUGGUCUAAUUUUUUAAUUUAUCUUAUGAAGCUUAUCGCUUAUUUAUGAAUGUGCAUCAUCAAAAUUAUCAUUCCCAAAUUUGCCUUUCUGCUGUUAUCAUUAUGCUUGUCAUUGAGUAUUUUUCAUAUGACCACUAAAAAAAUUGAUCAUCUUUGCGCUUCACAGGAUAUUGAUGAUAAUAAAGAGGAUGAAUUUGUUCAGAGAAAAAUUUAUCAAAUCUUAUUAUGAGCUAAUCUUCAAUUCAUUUCGGGGGUUUUGUUUUUUCCGUCAGAUAUAAAUCACAUUUUCAACCAAUCAUAUUCAGAGAAGAACUAUCAACCAAUCAGUGGAACUAUUUGUUAAAUUUAUAUGAGACAAAAGUCAAAAUGAUAUUUAACAUUGUCAAACAUAUUCACAUUAAAAUGAAACAAUGAAAAAUUGUUUAAUUUUCUACUUUUAAAAAAAUAUUCUUGAUUCAAAUAUUGACAAGAAACAAAGUUUUCAUUUGCUAAUCAAUUUUUCCAAGUCUAUUUAUUUCAAUUGUAGUAUUUUAGUCCUUUUGUCUUUUUCAGAAAAUUAUGGUUCUGAUUGAUAAAAAUUUUAAUCAAAAAUAACUUUUUUUAAAAUUGUUUUGCAUGUAUCUCACUUCUAUCAAUGCUGCUGUUCUGUUAUUACUAUCAAUAAAAAGAAUUUUGUAAUGA